AUUUAACAAAAAAAAAACAAAUCUCGAAGGAUUCGAAGAAAUUUUCUGGAGCCCUCACGAAGGAAUCUGCACAAAACAAAAAGCCUUAUAAAAAGUACCAAUUGUAAAUAGAUUUUAAUUGAAAUUACAUUUAUUGUUUUUUAGUCGAAAUACAUGCAGUAUAAAUCCAUAAAUAAUGGAGACUAAAGCCCCGAUCGUUAAAAAUAUAGUUAACGCUGGAAAAAAGUAUAUUCCGAUAGCUGAUGGAAGCAAGGUACACUUUCAUUUCCAAACUUGGAAAUUAGGAAAGGAAAGGAUCCUUAUUGAUGAUAGCAAAGUAAUUGGAAAAAAAGAACCAAUGGUGUUGGUUAUUGGUAAAAAAUUUAAACUAGAAGUUUGGGAGACUAUUGUAAAAAUGAUGGUUGUGGGUGAAGUUGCUAGCUUCCGAGUACAAAAAGAGUUGGUAUACAGUUAUCCAUUUGUUGCUAAAACACUAAGAGAACUCGGAAAAGAUGCUUGCACCAUUAAACACUCAUGCACUAUGACAUUGCACACUGAAGGCAUCGGCUAUCCAGAUCUGGACGACCUUAUAAACAAUCCUUGUGAUUUGGAAUUUAUAAUAGAAUUGUUGAAAGUGGAAACUGCAGAUGAAUAUGAAAAAGAAUUAUGGCAGUUAAAUGUCCAAGAACGGUUGGAUCUAGUUCCGAUUCUCAAAGAGAAAGGCAACCAAUUUUACAGAGAAAGAAAAAUAGUUGAAGCCGAGGAAGCCUACAGCCAAGCUCUUGCAAUAUGUGAGCAGCUGAUGAUUAGGGAAAGAAAAUCUGAUGAAGAAUGGAUAAAUUUGAAUAACAUAAAACUUCCAAUUCUCCUGAAUUACGUACAAUGCAAGCUUUUAAAUGGAGAUUACUAUGCUGUUAUAGAACAUUGCAAUACCAUAUUGGAAUAUGAUAAUGAUAAUGAAAAAGCAUUAUACCGAAGAGCAAAGGCACAUGUGGGUGCCUGGAAUCCGGACAAGGCAGAAGAUGAUUUCAAAAGACUAAAAGAAUUGAAUACCUCUAAUACGAGGAUGGUGAAAAAUGAAUUAGAAACUUUGAGAAGGCUUCGACUGGAGAAAGAGGAGGUUGACAGAGGAGCACUACAAAAAAUGUUUCUGAAAGAAAAUAACACAGUGCAAGAACCUGAAAACCUCAAUUAAUAUACCAAUGCUUCAAAUAUGUUGUAUUACAUAUCUUUUAUUAUGUCUGCUAUAGUAGACAUUAUUCUACCAAUAUUUAUUAAAAAUAUAAAAAUACUAACAUAGGUUUAUUCAUAUUGUUUACAUGGCUCUUUUACAUUUUUAUGCCACAGUACUGAAUUCUGUUAAUUUUAUAAACUUUUCAAUAUUUAUGAAGAUUGUUAUUUUUAAAGUAACAGAAGUGGAUUCUAGUAAUAUAAUAAAAGUACAAAAUUAACUAUAAGAGAAAUAUUGUGUUCUUUACUUUUCCUUUGACAACCCCAUGCUUUAAGUAAGGUGUGACCGAAAUUAUAAUUAAAUGGAUUUAAAUAAUCAUAAUAAUAAAUCUUUAUUCAAUAUCAAUUAUUACAACUUAAAUCUAAAAAAUACAAAGAGGAGGAAAAAACUACACAGCCUGCACUACGAUUGUCCUGUGUUUCAGGCAAAAAGAUCAUAAAU